CCCUAUGUGAGCCAGCAAGGCGGAUAUCCGUCCUCUUUUCGGUGGCGGCCCGUUGUCGAGUCAGUUUUCCAAAAUGAAGCUGAAUAUCUCAUUCCCCGCCACUGGCUGUCAGAAGUUGAUCGAAGUUGACGAUGAGCGAAAGCUACGUACCUUCUAUGAGAAGCGCAUGGCCACUGAAGUGGCAGCCGACCCCCUGGGAGAUGAGUGGAAGGGCUACGUCGUGCGCAUCAGCGGAGGCAAUGACAAGCAGGGCUUCCCCAUGAAGCAGGGCGUGCUGACCCACGGCCGCGUGCGCCUGCUCCUCAGCAAGGGCCACUCCUGCUACCGCCCCCGCAGGACCGGAGAGCGUAAGCGCAAGUCGGUGCGCGGCUGCAUUGUGGAUGCCAACCUCAGCGUGCUCAACCUGGUCAUCAUCAGGAAAGGUGAGAAGGAAAUCCCUGGGCUGACCGACAGCACCGUCCCUCGCCGCCUGGGACCCAAGAGGGCCAGCAAGAUCCGCAAGCUCUUCAACCUGGCCAAGGAGGAUGACGUCAGGCAGUACGUGGUGAGGAGACCCGUGACUAAAGAAGGUAAGAAGCCCAGAACCAAGGCUCCCAGGAUCCAGAGACUGGUGACCCCCCGUGUGCUGCAGCACAAGCGUCACCGCAUCGCCCUGAAGAGGCAGCGCACCCAGAAGAACAAGGAGGAGGCCUCAGAGUACGCCAAGCUGCUCGCCAAGAGGAUGAAGGAGGCCAAAGAGAAGCGUCAGGAACAGAUCGCCAAGAGACGCCGUCUGUCUUCCCUGAGGGCGUCCACAUCCAAGUCUGAGUCCAGCCAGAAGUGAAAUGUAACUCUGAAUUAAACAAAGGUUUUGCUCAAA